AAAAAACAAAAGAGUCUCUGUGUUUUUCAAGAAUUAUAUAUAAAUAAAUAUAUUUAUAUAUAUAUAUAUAUUAUACAAGAACACAUUGAUUUCUUCUUCAUCAUCAUCUUCUUCUCUUUGGUUUCUAUUAUUAGUGUUGUGAGAUGCAGAUGCUUAAGUUCUGGAUUGAUAUGGGCUUGUUUGAUUGCCUUCUGGCCAUUAAAGAUUCAAAAUUUAUCAAAAGAAAAGAUAGUGAUGCUGGGGAAGCAGGUAGAGCCCUUGAGGAGCUGAGAAGUACUCUUUACAAUGAUAUUAGAACAUCAGAAGGCGCCAAGCGCCAACAGCAGCGGUUUUGUGGACCAGUUGUGGCAAUGAGCUUCAAUUUCAUCGUGGCUGUGGGGAUCAUUCUGGCUAAUAAAAUGGUAAUGGGAAGAGUUGGAUUCAAUUUCCCAAUAUUUCUCACACUGAUCCAUUACACAACAGCAUGGAUUCUACUAGCAAUCUUCAAAACAUUCUCACUUCUUCCUGUGUCUCCUCCUUCCAAAACCACACCCUUUUCUUCUCUUUUCUCAUUGGGUGCUGUCAUGGCUUUUGCCUCUGGUUUAGCCAAUACCAGUUUAAAACAUAACAGUGUUGGUUUUUACCAGAUGGCUAAAAUUGCUGUCACUCCAACCAUUGUUUUAACUGAGUUUAUUCUCUUCAAGAAAUCAAUCUCUUAUCAAAAGGUUCUGGCUCUAUUAGUAGUUUCAGCAGGUGUAGCAGUGGCAACAGUGACAGAUUUAGAGUUCAAUCUAUUUGGUGCUAUUGUUGCUAUUGCAUGGAUAAUCCCAAGUGGAAUAAACAAGAUCCUUUGGUCUAAUCUACAACAACAAGGCAAUUGGACUGCUUUGGCGUUGAUGUGGAAGACAACCCCAAUCACAAUCUUCUUCCUAGUAGCCUUGAUGCCAUGGUUGGACCCACCAGGAGUACUAUCAUUCAACUGGGAUUUCAACAACACCUGUGCAAUUAUGAUUUCUGCUUUCCUUGGCUUUCUCCUCCAAUGGUCUGGUGCUUUAGCACUUGGGGCAACCUCAGCAACCUCACAUGUUGUCCUUGGACAGUUCAAAACAUGUGUGUUACUACUGGGAAGUUACCUAAUUUUCAAAUCAGAUCCUGGGAUUGUGAGCAUCUGUGGAGCAGUGGCAGCUCUCUGUGGUAUGUCCAUUUACACAUCACUUAACCUCAAGGACAAGCUUGAAAAAACCACCACCAAGCAACAACAAAAGCCAAUCUUACCUCUGUCAACAAAAAUCACAAGUACUGUCCAAGAUGAUCAAACUUUGGGUGUGAAAGUAUAAAACAACAUAGUAUUAAGAUAGGAAAUUCAUUUGUCUUUACCAUGAAACUAAUUCUUAACCGAAAGAGAAUGGUGUAAUAGCUUUGGGUUUACUUUACUCAACUUUGUCCAUAAGCCAGAAAGGAAGAAGUGUACAUAGUCAGUGAUUCAUUAAAGUAGUUACAAGUUGUUACUAGUUUUUUUUAUUAUUUUUUAAUGAAAGAACAGUGUUUGGUUACUUAUGGUUUCAACAAUAUUUUAUUUCUAUUUUUGGUUGUGUUGGUUUAAUGCUUUUGCUUUAAGGA